GACACGUAGUUUCCCGGCGGGACAGUGAGCGCCGUGGUUUGUGCACCGACCCCCAGACCCGGGGCUCCGCGGCACCGAGGAGGUAUGGGAGCAAGGCCCUGAGAGGGAAGUCGCAGUCCUUCAGCCAGAGCUCCGUCUGCUGCCUCUGGGCUCCCUUACCUCAUGUGCUUGUGUGGGGGCCCUGCCUUGGUCAGGAGUGCAUUCACUGUUGGCCCACCAUGAACUGGAAGGUUCUCGAGCACGUGCCACUGCUGCUGUAUAUCUUGGCAGCCAAAACGUUGAUUCUCUGCCUGGCGUUUGCUGGGGUGAAAGUGUACCAGAGGAAGAGGCUGGAAGCGAAGCAGCAAAGGCUGGAGGCUGAGAAGAAGCCAUCGGAGAAGAAGGAUAACUGAAGGGAGGCCGCAGUGUGCUGCGUGCCCUCAGCUUGAACGGACUCCGGCCGAGAAGCAGAAGAAAGACGUUCAGUCACGUGUCAGAGGACGGCUCCCAGCCUACACCUGCAGCUUUAAAUAAUGUGCACUUUUAUACUCUUUUUAAAAGGAGCUAGUAUUUUGUUUACUGAAUAAAGUACCUUCGUAACA